AUGGCUGAUGUUUGCUCGCCAUCGGAUGCCGAGAGUGAUGGUACAAGUAAGAUCAGUGAUUUUUCCAUCCGUGCAAGCCUGUCCCGCAGCAGCUCACUGCUUGAGGAGGAGCAGACCAGGUCAUUGUCAGAACUCCAACCCCUUCCUGACGCCAUGUCGAAUGAAGACCCCAGCAAUGCUGAUGCCUUUCAGCAUGAUAGUCAAGUCAUGAUUGAGGACAGCUACACCCAAGAGGAAUCCCAAGUGCCCUUGACACAGGCUGCCGGAGGUGGUGAUGGUGAGGACUCUGAUGUUGAGAUGGUUGUCGCCAAAAGCGUGGAGCCAGAUGCCAGUGCGGAGCCAGAUGCCAGUGUACCGGAGGCAACAAGUGCAAUGGCCCCCGAAAACAUCAAUCAGUUGACAGUUUUGCUCAAUCUAGUGAAAGCCAAAGCAGCUCAAGUCCAGAAGACUGCAGAGGGUUCCAGUGCCAGUGGCCAAAAGUUGGAUGCGACUGCUGCGGCUGAAUCUGGGGACCCGAAGGCCAGCGCCACUGGGAAUGCAGCAGCUGAUCAAGUGUUGAGAGAGCAGCAACUUGCGCUUGCAAAGGCGAAGCAGCGUAAGCGUAAGCUUGACGAGGAGGGGGACGAGGAGGAGGAGGAGGAGGAGGUGCCAGUGAAGAAAAGGCCUGCUGGCAAAGCUAAGGCGAAGGGCAAGGCCAAGGGCAAGGCCAAGGCCAAGGGUCGUGCCAAGAAAGCAGCAAAGAAACCCAAGGCCAAAGCUUCCAAAAAGAAGGCCAAGGAGGUGGAAGAGGAAGAGGAAGAGGAGGAGGAAGAACCGGAGGAGGAGGAUGAGGAAGAGGAGGAGGAAGAAAAGAAGGUGGAACCCAAGCCCAAGGCAAAAGGUAAGAAGGCAGAAAGCGAGGAUGGCAGCAAGGAUCCGGUGCCUGGCGAUGGUUCCAAGAAGACGUUUGCCAAGAGGAUCUGUUCUGACUGCAGCCGGGAAGAAGUACCUCGCCUCCAGCGCUUCGCCCGCUGCUUCCUGAGCAGUGAGCUGAUUUCAUCAUGGUGUGGCAUUUUGGAAGAUACGUUACAUGGGUUAGAGCUUAGAAGCUUCCAAGUACUCAUGGCUGGAAUCUUGGCCAGCUUGGGAUUUCACCCUGGCGAGUCACCUCCCCGACUGGCCAGACGAGGAGGUCUUCCGGUGCAACUUCUGGAUGCUCUUUUUCAAUUCACCCUCACCGAAGCGGACAUCUCUGUGGAGUCUGAAGCCGAGCUGCUCUUGGAAGCCAUGUGGCGAGAGACCCCAGAUCUCGGCGAUACCUGGGAGGAUGCAAAGCUGAGGGCAGUAGUGAAGUAUUUGAUUGGUGCUCGUGGACUCGACAUGGCUUCACCUCAGCCCAUGCUUCGUAAUGGUUGGAGCGCUGCAACGCUUCUUUCGGGUAUUCAGCAUAUGAACAUGGAUUGUCUUCAAGCCAUUAAGAAGGAACUCCCAGAUGACCCUGAUCAGUUGGCAAAGCUGUGUGAGGUGCUUUCGGAGAUGAGAGGUGCAGCUCUGGAGAAGGGUCCGGUAGCCCCAGUGCACCCACAGAGAUCCAAUUCCACUGCUACCACCAUCCCAGCUACUGAAGAAGAACUUGCUGCACUUGGCAGGAAGGCUAGGUUAACAUUUGCCUCUCCUGAAAUCCCGGCUGAUGCCCCUCCUGGUGGUAAGGCCCCUCGUGAUAUCCCAGCUGAUGCCCCUCCUGGCAAUGCUGCUGCAGCCAAGGGUACUGCGGGAAGUCCAGCGACACCCGCACCCAUUCCAGCGCCAUCUCAUCCUGCAGAGGGGGAUGGUGAGGGAAGCCCUGUCAUUUUACACAUAGCUACUAUGACCAGGGCUGAGAAGGAGAAGGUUCGAAGGUUGGUGACCCCAAAGCCUACCACUGGAAACCUUUCAGUGCCCAAAGACAUCUUUGAGUUGUGGCAGACCGACAAGGGUAGGGAGAAGCUGUUGUGCAUGUGGUGCAAGUCUGGUGGUGUGAAGGCUGUCUUCAUACAGCGGGUUGAAUUUUUGUCCACCACGACCAAAAGCAAGAAGAUCGAGGUCAAGGGAGGUUUCUAUAGCGAAGAAGAUAUGAAGGAACGCAUCGAGAAGAUCAAGAAGUGGGCGACAGAGAGGAAGUUGGUGAGGAUUUGUGAAUACGAUGAGACCGUCAUUGAGUACUGGGUCAACACACGAACCAGUGGCGUCCUAUCCAGGGAGGACCUGCAACGCUUAAGUGUUUCAAGGUCUCAUGAGGGUGAGGGUGAGCUUGGUGGUUCUGACAUGCAGAUGUUUGAUAGCACCAUGGAUGCUGGUGGGUUUGAUGACCUUGGACGGCCUGGUGAUGUGGACUUGGAGGGUGAUACAUCGCUACAGGCAUUUCCUUGCAAAGGCAAGAAAGGUGACUUGCAGUUGAGCAGCACUGUUCACCACAUUGCCAAGAUGUACGCCAAAGGUGCACCAGCCAUCGAUUGUGUGAAGGAGGCAAAAGCAGCAUCCAAAAAGGAUGAUUGCCGUACUUUGCAGGUGAUAGCCCGUGCACCGCUUUCAAGCGCUGAUGAACCCUUAUUCCGAGCACUGAGGAGUUCUGGACUGGUGAUGGAUUUUCCAAUAUCACAACUCCAGCUUGACAAUGAUUUCAAAUACCCGGUCUUUCCACCUCGUGAACAGCUGGAAGCUUCGGGAUCAAAAGGUUUUUUGCACAAGAUCAUUGGCAUACCCAUUGCCUAUGCUGACACCGAGCUAACCAGAUUUUGGGGGAAAUACAAGAGGUUGUGCCCACAACAUGACAUAUUUGCGGAAGCCAAUCUGGACUUCAGCCACCUCAUACCAUACUAUCUCCAUGGAGAUGGGGGGCGCACCUACAAGAAGGACCCCAUCAUGAUCCUGUCGAUGUUUAGUGCCUUUGGAUGCGGGACCGCCCGGAAUCCUGUCGAGCUACAGCCAGUUCCAGGCCAAAGCCGGAAGCGUCGCUUUGAUCAUGGCGACAAGUUUGAACCGGGAGUGAACCUACGUGGAAAUACAUUUACUAGCCGCUUUCUUUUUGCUGCCAUGAAAGCUGAGUUCUACAAGAAAAAGCCUGGCCGUUUCCAAUCGCUUCUGGAUCAAUGGGGUCAGCUAUUGGGAUCGCUUUUUCAUGAAGGCUUGUCCUGCAAUGGUGAGAACUGGAAAAUCGCAAUUUUGGGUAUCACAGGUGAUGCUCCGUUCUUGAGGGAAGCUGGAAACCACAACCGAUCUUUUAGCAAUGUACGCAAGAGUGCAACAGCUAGAACAAUGCUCCCCGGCGUUUGCUGGCUCUGUGCUGCUGGAAAAACAAAUGGACCUCCGUUUGAGGAUGUGAGGCUGUCAGCCCAAUGGACGACAACAUGUGGCGUCAGCAACAUUCUGCCGUGGGAUCAACCUGGCCCACUCCUACAGCAUGUGCCAGUGAACGAUCUUGACCUUGCAGCUUUUUAUCGCCCUGACUUAUUUCAUGUGUACUUUGCGGGUGUUGGCAAAGACUUUACAGCGUCUGCGCUGAUAUACAUUGCCAAAACAGUUUUCAAACAGAGCAAAAUUCAAAGGUCUGUGGAGUCCAUGAAUGGAGAAAUGAGAAACUUCAUGAAAGAAGAGAAAGAACGCUUCAACUUUGGACACUUCUCCCUCGACCUACUCGGUUAUGCUUCCUCCCGGUCUUUUUCGAAAGGGCAUUGGUCAAAGAACAUGGACACGGCCACAGUAUCAAAGUUCAUUGAAUACAUCUGCCGAAAACACAUUCAAGAUUUUCCUGAUGACACCAUUCUGGGUGAGAUUUUUGAAGCGUGUGGUGCAAUCCAUCAUUUUAUGUCUGUGGUGUUUGCUGGUUCGUUUUUCUUGAGUGAUAUGGAGAGCUGGCAAAUGAUUUCAGCUGGACAUGCCUUUAUCGCCGGCUAUAUGAACUUGGCAAAGAAAUCUUUGGAUGCUGGCUACUGCUUGUUUGCAUUGAAACCUGUAGUAAAUUUGUUUGCACACAUUGUGCACACGGCUUUGCAACAAUACAAAGUGGAUUGUGCUUCUGUAGUCAACCCUAUUGCAGAAAGUACUUUCAUGGCAGAGGACCUGGUGGGGAAAAUCAGCAGAUUAAGCCGCAGAGUGUCAGCAAGGAAGCAUGGAGAGAAGAUCAUGUAUAGAUACAUGGUUGCGACGCACUUUCACCUGAACCACCCGGAUGGAUUGCAGCUGGAUGUCUAG